CGAAGUAACGACGUUACCAGUAACGUAACGCGUUACAAUUCUCCGAAGGCUGUAACGGUAUCGGUAACGCGUUACCGAGGGUAGAGUAACGAGGUAACGGUAUCGCGAUACAUUUUCAAAGUAACGUUAACAACCCUGGUACUCAUGAUGUUUCUUUAUGUUUUUCAGAGACUGUUAGAAUUAAUGGUCAGUCACUUUCCUGCCGGGGCCUCAAAUCGUCAAGUAUUGCACUACGCUCAAAGCAUAAUGGCAGGUGGUAAUUUCCAAAAGUACGAUUUCGGCCCAUCAAAAAAUAAGCAAGUGUAUGGAACCAAGAACCCACCAGGUUACAACCUGCGUAAUAUCUCAUCACCUAUGUAUGUUUAUUACUCGUCAACGGACGCAUUAGUCAAUGACAGGGAUGUCGAGGACCUUGCUAAGAGUUUGCCGGUGAUAAAAAGACUGCAGAGAGUUACGAACACAAGUUUCAAUCAUAUUGAUUUUCUCAUCGGCAGUAUGGCGUAUGAGGCGGUAUACAAGCACGUAAUAAGAGAUUUGCUCAGUCACGUACAUAAAUAGAUAAAUAGUUAUACGCUAUUGUGAAGGGCAGGUUUUUAAUCAUGAUCCUCAAUGCUGUUUUGAAAUAUCAACCGUUCAAUAAGUUAAAGCUUUUAUUGGCUAAGCUUGCGAAGCCUUUGCUGUGAUGUGCGGUGCAGAGAACUCUUUGGUGGUUGUGUGUCUAUAUAUAACCACACACGUUUCUGAAAGACGGCAACUUCAAUUAGCUUCAAACUGCGCACGAAGCAUCAGUAUACCCGGAUGGAAGGAUCUUCACUUACUCUCCAGGAUGUUUCUGUGUUUUUAAUGUACCAAUAACAGUUGUUAAAAAUGUGUAAAAGGAGAGAGUAAACUGUGUUUAAACCAGAAAUAAACUGAAGAAUUUUGCAGUAUUAGUGAUGACUAAGCAUAGAAUUUACUACUUUUAGUACAGAAAAACUAUAGAACAAGCAGGCCCGCCCUUCCGCCAAACGGAGUUGCCAGCCCCACUUCGCUGCGCCGGCAACUCCGUUCGGCAGGGGCCAGGCCUGCUUGGCCUGCCGGCGGCGAUGGUCGGGCCUUCGGCUCUUCGUCAAUAGCCUUCUUUCACAUUUUAUUUUUGACGCAUUCCUGGUAUGUGAACAUUGCCUCCUGGGAGGACUGGACAAGAAGGCUCAGAAGGCGUUUCUCUCCUUCAUUGGUGUCUGCAGUCCAGUACACUUCGUAGUCAUCAAAUCUGCUAGGCAACUUUAUGUUUUGGCGUGGUCUCUGGGUUUGUGCAGCUUGCUCAAGGUUGUCUGCAGGUUCCUGAAGGGUGCCAUCCAUUUCCUGAUGAUUGCCAUCCUCGAGUGGGUCUUCCUCUUGCACUAUAUCAACCAGCACUCAGUUGGCGGUUUCUGUCAUCCCGGGCAAGUGCAUAAUAGGAUCUGCAUCGCGCUCUUCAGAUGGGUGU